UGAAAAGUCUACGUGGGGAAGAAAGGUUGGUCUGACCGUGUUGGAGCAGCUUCCACACCAGCAGCACCCAUGUCCAAUCCAGGCUAGCUGUGUUUCCCGUCGAACCAGUGUUCCUCCCCACCCCUGCCGACCAAAUGGUGGCGUAGGUGCAGCAGCCGGGGCGUAUAAAUGGGACGGAAAGCCGACGACAGCCUGUAAUGCUGCGCCGGGCGCGGCAGUGUCUCCGGCAGGUGCUGUUUCUGAUGGCCCGGAGACCCCAUCUCCUCUGCGGGGCUAUCGUGCUCGGCGUCCUGCUCAUACUGGCUGUCAAGUUCACAUGCAGCCGUGCAAAGAAUGUGGUGGCACCAGCUCGUCCUCCAGUUCGCUUCUUUUCCACAGACGCCCCCGUUGUGGACCUCUACCUGGGUCAGCUAGACCAGGUGGAGCGUCUCAGGAGUGUGGCGGAGGUGUCCCUCAUUUUUUUCUAUGCACCAUGGUGUGCCCAUUCGAUGGCCGCCCGGCAGGAGGUGCAGCAGGUUGCAAAGAAGCUCGCCAAACAGGUGCAGUUUGUGGCCAUCAACUGCUGGUGGAGUCAAGGGAAGUGUAGGAAACAAAACCGCCUCUAUCAGUAUCCCAUCAUCCACCUGUUCUACAGAAGGUUCGGGCCCAUACAGUACAAAGGUCCAUUUGUGGCUCCUUAUGUGGAGAGUUUUAUCCUUAAAGUCAUCACACCACUCACUUACCUCCCAUCAAGAGCCACACUUGAAGAGUUCCUGUCUUAUCAUGAGCCUCGAGUGGUGGGGUUCUUCCAGUUUAACUCUUCUCCUCAGCCUCCUGGGUACAUCACAUAUCUGUCGUCUGCCCUGCAGGCCCUGAAAAGAGGUAAGAACAUGACAUUCCGUGGCGUCGUUCGCUUCGGGGUCGUGACCAACAGACAAGUGGCAGAGACCAUUUCAGUGAUAGAAGAUGGAACCGUUUACCUCCACCGGAGAUUUAACUCCUCCUUGAUUUUCCCUCGAAAAGAACGCAACUUCACAUCAGAAGCUAUCUGUAGCUGGGUGUUUGAACACCACGAGACCGUCCUCCAAUGGCUGCAGCCGCCAGGGACAAAGUCCCGCCUCCUGGAGCAGGAGCUGACAAAGGGUCCGGCACUGCUGCUGUUCCUGCCAUACAAUCCACUCGGCACCAAACCCAGUCCUGUUUUACAGCAGGUUGCAGAUGUCGCUAUGCGUUAUCAUUCCUGUAACAACAAUAACCACUCCAGCGUGGACAGAAGUUUCACCUCCCACUCACUGUGCUGCCACUCGGUUCUUCUCCCACAGUCCAGGACAGCUGUCUGCGAGGUGUGUCUCAACCCACCAGGACCCAGUGGGAGCAGCUCGUCUGUUCGCUGCUCGUUCCCCUCCUCGGUUCACAUGGGGGGGCUGUCGGUGUCUUCUCUCCGACACUGCUGCCUCCACCCCCUCCCUGUCCUCGAGUCCACGCAAACUGCAGCCUCAGUGGGUUGUAGCAACUUUCUGAACAGCUACAGCCCGUUUAGUCAUUACAGUGCCUGCUGCAGAAAAAUAGAACCUCAACUCAAUGAAUCGUCUUCGCAAACCAAAGAAGGGCUAGACGAGGACAAAGUCCCCCUUUUGCCUUCUACGUCCGGAUCUCCUCUUCCUCAGCAGGAAGGAGACGGGUUCACAGGGCUCCGCUGUCGGACCAACAAGACGCUCAGGUUUUAUGUGCUUGAUGUUGCUCUGAACUGGCCUCUGGCAGUCAGGCUCGGCGCAACAGGCAACACUAGUGCUGUCCCUCAGCAGGAGGCUGCUGGGAAAGGAGACUGCUCGUUCGCAACCAUCGUGAACCUGAAGGAUGAGGUUCAUUACGUUCUCCACCGCAGCCCUGCAGCAACACUCACAGAGUCUCUGGAGGCGUUCAUCAGGAACUUCAGCGCUCCGUACAGCCUCCUGCAGAGACACCUGGUUGGAGAGGAGGACAGGAAGGGAAAGGAUGAGGGACAACGUCCGUCCACUCCACGGCCACUCAUUGCAGAGCUGACCACCUCCUCCUUCCUGUCUACAGUCAUGGAUGUCCAAAAGGACGUGCUGCUCUUCUACUACACUCAGUGGUGUGGAUUCUGCUCCGUUCUCAACCACAUCAUCAUCCAACUGGCCAGAUUACUACAGGGCAACAGCGCCAUCACUGUGGCCAGGGUGAAUGUUGCACGUAAUGAUCUUCCAUGGGAGUUCAUGGUGGACCACGUUCCCUCUGUUCUGCUUUUUCCCAGAUACAGAAAACAUUACAGUGUGAAGUUUCCCGACUCCCUGCCCAUCACCUUACCCAACCUCCUCCACUUCAUCCUUAAACACUCUGGUUCUGUUCAACAUCCGGAGGGGCCAGCAUCGUCUCCUGAGUCCAACGGGUCGGGACCCAGCGCCCUCCUGCGAGCAGAGUUUCAGGCUCUGCAGCGCGAGGUCGAGGUGCUGCAUCGAGCCCGCGAGCAUCUUUCCCAACAGCUGGCUCAGCUGUGGCGCAACAACCGCCAGCUGACAUUUGACGCGCGCAGCCUGGAGGCCCACAAUGCCGAGCUGCAGAGAGAGAGGCGGAGUCUGGAAGAGCAGCACCGGGAGAAGAGCCGACAGCUGGGGGAGGCGGUGAGACGACUGCAGGAGCUGGCGGACACAUCGGAAAGCCUGCUGAAUGAAAACACACUGCUCAGAGUCCUGCUGAGGGCUCUGAAGGACAGGACAGACGCAAAAGAACAGGAGGAGACGGACAGAAAAGCUGCAGAACAGAAAAGAAGUCAUAUGGCCUCCUGAUGGUCAGUGUGUGCAGAGACGACUGGGACGGACGAGGAAAGAAAAAAGCUGUGAUUAGAUCUGAGAAACAUGGUGAAACAGAAGGGAAACGGAACAACAUGAAGCUGAAAUAAGGAGGCAUGUAAAAGCCCAAAUUAAAACCAAGACAGCUGCAAAGUUAGAGAACUGUGGAAACACUUUAAGAAAAAUGUGGAUAGGUUGGUUAACUGGCACUGAUGUAGUUCUGUAAGAAUAAGAAGUUCUGUGGAGCCAAUUUCAUGUCCAAAUCUUAAAAAAAAAAAAGUACUAUCUGUGAUUCAUUAAUUGAAAUGAUUCAGUGUGGUUUGCAAAUUGACAACUUACUCAUCAAACAAAUACACAACAAAUUAUAAUUUUUAAUACAGCUAAAAAGAAAAACAAAUCAUCCUAAAAACACAAAAAAAACACACUGUUGGAGAAUCAUCCCACUGUCUGUACUCAUCGUUCAUAAAUGUCUUAACUAAUUCACCUCCACAACAGUAGGUGGCGCUACGAGUCAGGUUAAAAAUCCCAGUGUUGUGCUGAGUUCACUCGAUAUCAGCUGUUAAAUUAAAUAACACACCACCUUUAAGUUUAUUUUGAGAGAUUAUUAAAACCAAAUUAUGUCAGCAUCGUUACAUUUCGGGUUGUUUUAGCCAAAUAUCUUAUUUGAUGAAUUAUUCAGGAGUUAAUUUCAUAGCUGCCAAGGUUUGCGUUCCAUGUUUUGUUUUUCUUUUUAACAAAAUUAAUGGCAUAAACCAACAUUAUCAACUAUUUGCAGAAGCAGCUAAAGCCCAUAGAUGAGAGGAUAUCCCAAUUUGUAUAUUUAUGACAUCAUUGUUUUAGUAUUUAUGGAUAUUUGAGUGCAUAUUGUGGGAAAAAAAAAGUUAUAUAAAGGGUUUAAUAAUUCAGAAGAAAGGUUUGCUAUCUAUCUUAAAAAAUGUGAACAUGAACAACCUCAUUCCAAUUCUGGUUUCUACCAAAAUUUCUUGCAUAGUCAAAUAUUGUUGGUAACAGGUACACACUUGAUGCUGGACAAAAGAAAAUUGAAAAAAAGGAGUAGAAAUAGUCUGUUUGGAACUACUGUAGAAAUGUACGACAAUGUGGACUCGAAGGUUAUGAAAGUACCAGUUUUCAUUUUUGCACCUUUACAAAGGGAGUGUUAUUUGUCAGAGCGCUUGUCACCCCCUGCUGGUGUGGAGGUGAAUGACUCAGGCCAAACAUGGAGGAAAAAGUCUUAUUUUUAUUCUAUUUUUGACUUUUGUAAAGAUACGCUACUCAUUUCUAAAUCAUGAGGUAUUAGAAACAUGUCUUCAUUUGAUAUUUAUAUUUUGUAAUUGCAAAACACAAUCAGUCAGUUUGUUAAUCUUUGUUUUUAUAUCCUCCUGAGACCCAGGAAAGUAAAAGUUUUGGCCUUCUUGUAUUAAAAAUUAAAUAAUUACCUCAAUUGGAAACAGCAUAAUGCAAGUUUUUUCAGAUACAUUUUUGUAAUCAAUGGAGAGCUUUUUUUUUUUUUUUUUUUAGGAAAGCUGUAAAACAAAAAUAUACUGCUGGGUCUCAGGCAGAUAUUUGCAAACCACAUUUCCACAUUUUGUGAAAUUGCAGAUUUUAAGUUUUGAUUGUAAUAAAUUAGCUCCAUAAAUUCAGUGCCAAUCGUCCGAGGUCGACAACUCAGUGCUGAUGCUUCCGGCAGGUCGAUGUUUGUUAAAGACUGAAGGUAAAAGCUGAUUGGUCAGAUCUGCAGAUAUAUUUGGUCCCAGCUCUGAACGUUGCACUCAUCUGCUGCUUUAAAAGCCGAGCGUUCCGACCACAUCACCUCAGACGACGCUCCUCAACAGGUCGCUGAUUCUCAGUCGAUUACACCAUUUCAGGAAAAGUGCGUGAAUAGAGGUUAGCUGUAGAAUUUGGAUACAGGGAAAGAGGGCUACUAAUGCAGCUGAGACUUAUUUAUUGGUGGAUUUAUGGCACCUGCUCGCUGAUCUGGAGUUGAGCAUAAGAGCACUUGAAAUAAUUAGUAAGAGUUUUGUGUUUUUGAAGGGGAUACUUGUUUGUUUGUUUGUUUGGGGUUUUUUUUGCUUUUGUUAAACUGAUCUAUUUUUACAGGAAUAAUUGAGUCACUAAAAGAUCAUUUCUACGUUAACUCUUCAGGUAUUACGAAUGAGAUGCUGCAAUUGUUUACAUGUGAAAUAUUGCACCCGUUUUUACUGAUUAAAACUCUUUCAUCUUA